UUAGCGGGGACCGCGAUCCCGGGCUGGAGCUUGUCUUAGGCGGGUAGGAAACGCUGUCGCUACCACGGGUGGAGCGGAGGGUCUGCGAACUUUGCCCUGUCCUGCCCAUGUCGCCAGUCGGCCGCUGAGAUCUACACGGUCUGCCGGCGCACGCGUGCGGCUGCGGGCGUCCCCGGAGAUAGCCUCCAUCGCGCUGCGGCAAUGGAGGUAAAUUGUUUAACACUAAAAGACUUGAUCAGCCCCAGGCAGACCAGACUAGAUUUUGCCGUUGAAGAUGCAGAGACCGCACAAAAGGAAAAUAUAUUCGUCGAUCGAUCAAGGAUGACCCCAAAGACACCAAUGAAAAAUGAACCCAUCGAUCUGUCAAAGCAAAGAAUCUUUACUCCAGAAAGAAGUCCCAUUACUCCGGUAAAGCUGGUGGACCGGCAGCCGCAGGUGGAACCGUGGACACCCACGGCCAACCUGAAGAUGCUCAUCAGUGCGGCCAGCCCAGACAUAAGGGACCGGGAGAAGAAAAAGGAGCUGUUCAGACCCAUUGAGAAUAAGGGGGAUGCAUUUGUGAACUCCCUGCAGCUUGACGUGGUUGGCGACAGUGCUGUGGACGACUACGAGAAGCAAAGGCCAAGCAGGAAACAGAAGAGCUUGGGGCUGCUGUGCCAGAAGUUUCUAGCUCGCUAUCCAAGCUACCCCUUGUCCACGGAGAAAACCACCAUCUCCCUGGAUGAGGUCGCGGUCAGCCUUGGUGUGGAAAGGAGACGCAUCUAUGACAUCGUAAAUGUGCUGGAGUCUCUGCAUCUGGUCAGCCGGGUAGCUAAGAAUCAGUAUGGUUGGCAUGGUCGGCACAGCCUUCCCAAAACCCUGCGGACCCUACAGAGACUGGGAGAGGAACAGAAGUAUGAGGAGCAGAUGGCCUGCCUCCAACAGAAGGAGCUGGACCUGAUGGAGUAUAGGUUUGGAGAACGCAGGAAAGACGGGUCUCCAGAUCCCCGAGAUCAACAUCUACUCGAUUUUUCUGAAUCUGACUACCCCUCUUCAUCUGCAAACAGUCGAAAAGAUAAAUCUCUAAGAAUUAUGAGCCAGAAGUUUGUCAUGCUGUUCCUCGUCUCUAAAACCAAGAUUGUUACCCUGGAUGUAGCUGCCAAAAUCCUCAUAGAAGAAAGCCAAGAUACCCCGGACCACAGUAAAUUCAAAACAAAGGUACGGAGGCUCUAUGACAUAGCCAAUGUGCUGACCAGCUUGGCUCUGAUAAAGAAAGUUCACGUGACAGAAGAGCGAGGCCGCAAACCAGCCUUCAAAUGGAUCGGGCCCGUGGACUUCAGCUCCAUUGAUGAAGAACUCUUGGACGUCUCUGCAUCUGUCUUACCGGAACUGAAGAAGGAGACAUAUGGUCAGAUUCGAGUGUGUGCAAAAGAGAGGCUGGCGCGGUACGGUUCCUUUAACACGGUUCAGACAUCUGAGAAGAUACAGAGAAAAGUGAGCUCCGAGCCCAGCAGCCCACAGGGAGGAAAACAAGGGUCAGCCUAUUCCCUGGAAAUUGGAAGUCUGGCCGCCAUCUACAGACAGAAAGUAGAAGACAGUUCGCAGGGGGAAGCCUUUGUCAAUAAGAGAGCUGCACCUCCAGCAAGUGUCUUGGACUCUACCCUCCCUGUUGACUCCGAAUACUGUGUUAAGCCUUUAGCCCAGCCAGUAUUUUCUGCCGCGCAGACAGAUUUGCAGGCCUUCUCCGCACAGAAUGGUCUAAACGGACAAGUAGGUGUCCCCGUUCCUUCUCCAGCCUCGGAUGCAGAGAGCUUAAAGUCAGCUCUGCUUGCCAGCCAGCCCCUGGUAUACGUGCCCUCCACGUCACUCUUCAUGCUAUACGGGAGUGUGCAGGAGGCACUGUCCCCAGAGUCAAGGUCAGAGGAUGAUGGUAGUGGCUCCGAUGUCCCAGCUGACCUGUCCCUGGCACCCACUGCUCAGAAGCGCCUGUGUGAGGAGAGGAAUCCUCUGGAGGAUGAUGAGCCUGCUGUGAAAAGGCAAAGUCGGGAAUUUGAAGACAGCCCCUUAUCCCUAGUUAUGCCCAAGAAACCCUCAAAUUCCACAGACCUCGCCUUUCCUGUGACCACGGGAAAUGGGAGAGCUACACCCCUGGAAGAUCCCUGUGUCAAGGGUCAGCUCCCUGCUGCAGAAGAUGCUUCCGGAAAGGCUGUCCCAAACGGCUUCGUUGCUUCUGAAUGUGGAAACCCAUCAAGAAAUCCAGACACUGAAAAGUCCUCCAACGACAACGAGAUCACCAAAGACCCCUCCCUGCUGCAGUAUCUGUAUGUUCAGUCUCCCGCAGGUUUAAAUGGUUUUAACAUGCUCUUACCGGGCGGUCAAACCCCCCAUGCGGUGGCACCAUCGUCGGCUGCGAUGCCGUCCUUCGGUGUGCCCUGCAUGUUCUUACCGUCUCCAGGCUUGGGCCCCUUUCCAGUUCUCUAUUCUCCCGCAAUACCCGGGCCCAUCUCUUCAGCUCCCGGCACUCUCCCAAACACCGGACCCAUGAACUUCGGCUUGUCCACCCUGGCAUCGGCCUCCCAUCUUCUCAUCAGUCCGGCAGCCAUGGUCAAUCCAAAGUCAUCCACCCUCCCUCCCGCAGAUCCUCAGCUUCGGUGUCAGCCCCCACUAAACCCGAAUCCAGGGAUGCCAGGCUCGCACGGUGUCAUCCACCCGGAGUCCCCCGGUUACAUGAGACAUCCAGUGUCCAUGGUGAAGGCAGAACAGUCCCCUGCACCAGCGACUCCCAAGAGCAUCCAACGGAGACAUCGGGAGACGUUCUUCAAGACUCCUGGCAGCCUCGGUGAUCCGGCCUUUAGAAGAGAAAGGAACCAAUCCCGGAACACUAGCUCAGCCCAGAGGAGACUAGAAAUCUCUAGCAGCGGGCCUGACUAACCUGAAUCUUCAGUGGGUGGGGUGGCUUCAGUACCUGACAUUCCCUGUGUCCCAGACAAAUGUCCUAAGUGGAACACGGGCCACCCCAGUCCUCAGCUGGUGUCCUUGCUCUCACGCUCGAAUCCACUGGUUCUGCUAACUUCCCGAUAUCAUGAGUCAUCUGUUUUCCUGGAAGUAAUUAUUACUAAUUAUGCAUUUAAUACCACCUAGCAUCCAGGCUGUUCGCGGUGUCACCGCGGUAUUGCUCUGUGACUGCUGUGGUUUUUCUGAAGGGGGGGUUGCCUAGCACUUAACCAGGGUAAGGGUUGGUGUCUAAGCCUCUCCACCUGCCCUGAGCAAGUCUGUAGUGAGAGCUGUCUCUGCAGCCUAAACGUGCUACCGCUUCCUUAGGCUCCGGGAAGCCGUCUUCAGUGAGGAAUCCUACGGUAUUAUUUAUUCUGUCCCUGCACCGGGACUUUACUGCACAAAGUUUACAACAUCAUCCUAACAUUAUUUUCAGGGUAUUGCGACUUGAAUGUUUAUACUUUUGUUGUUGUUGUUGUUGUUAUGAUUUGCCCUGCACUUACUCUACAGCUUAUUAAUAAUGUGGAUAAAUGUAUAUACGUGAUAAAUGUCAAGACCAAAAUAACUGUGAAUGCUACACCUAGCCAUUAAUGAACUGUGCUGACCCAUCUGGAGGUGUGGGAACGAAAACUGAAGUCUAGGUGCCUCGUGACUGUUCCUCCAGCAACGAUGAACAACAAGGUCUUGCCGUUUGUUUAAAACAAAACAAAUCCUCCUUGUGCUCAUCUCCCUUCACUCUGCACCCGUGUAUCCUAAUUUAAAUGUUCGCUGUAGCGUGCCAGGGUGUGUGCCUUCUCACGGCUGCCGUUUAUAAGACAAAUCAGGACGACAUUGCGGAACGGAGGCCGUGGGAACCUGGAUAAGAGUUUUGGUUGAAUUAUGAAGCACAAUGAGAGGGAGACAGAGCGAUAGACAAUUAUCUUCUUUUACCUUUCCACAUUUCCCUGUGUCCAGAGGAGAACGGGCAUUCUGUCCAUUUCCAACAGUGUUCAUUCAUACGUCCCGUGGUCCUCCCAGAACCAGCACAGUGAGCACGGCGUUGGUUGUUCUAAUAGUUGUUCUGCAAAGCGCACGUGGCCCUCUGUGAGCCGCGUUGCUCUAGGGUUCCCCGUGUUCUACACUGAAGUUACCACACGCUCGUCUCUUCUACUUCCUUUUCUCCUCUUCUUUCAGUCUGUCUUCUAUUUAAACUUCUUAGACUUUAGUCUUAAUAUAAGGCUACUUUUCCCCUUUGUAUUUUUGUACCCUGUGAAAUACUAUAUAAAAGGAUAAAAAAUAUUAAUUUAAGAGACUCUGGGAGUCCGAUCAGAGUAGCUUUAUAUUAACUACAGGAUGCCUUUAGCCUCACUACCCCCAACACUCGCUUUGGGAAACUUGAGAUAGGUAAAGCCUGUUUAACACAUUCGCUACUUCAUCAAAUUCUUCGUCAACACUAAGCUUAUAAAGUUGGGGAAAAAAAGGUAUUGUUCCUUUUUUUAAAAAUUUUUUUCUUGAGUUAGGUAAACAUUGCAUGCUGUCUAUGACUCUGAAGCCACACUGCUGGUCUCUUGCUGGAACAUGAAAGUGACCCCCUUUCCAGGAGUGUAUCAGACAUGCAGCAAGUGAGUCUCCUAUGCACUGCUUGCUUUUAAGAUCCCUCCAGCAUAGGGGAUCCACAAAGCAUUUCCGUCAGGAAAUGCACAUCUCCCCAUAGACCUUCUGUCUUCUCUCGUUCCUGGAUAGCCUUCAUUAAUUUUUAACCUUUUGCUAUCCCUUCUUAUUAUACUCAGUUACCCUGUGAAUUGACCAUUAUUAACCUCAGAGAAUUUACGAUUCUUGGGAGGCGUCAAGCAAUUCCACCCAUGGGAAACGAAAGUUAACUUCUGGAUUAGGGUCCCACUCGCCGUGGCUUCUGACUCUGCCGGAAGACCGGUCUCUGAAGCUUUACGGCUAGACCUGAGUGCCUGAGACAGAGAAGCGGUGGCUUCUCAUUUAGUGCAAGAAGAAAUAAGGGAGGGCAUGGGCUUUGAGUCAGCACUGAGGGGGCGUGCUACCUCAAACCGUGCCGUCCGGGGUUUCCAAAACCCUUGCAUUCCGGUACAAGAGCUGGGGAUAUAACUUAUACUUGAACCUACCUACGAAUUUACAUUGCUCGAUGCAAGGUGCUAUUUCUGGACUUAAGCGGCUGUGAUGUGAAGCUGCUUCCUGCUUCUCUUGUUGCACUGCUAGACUUACGUAGGUGUUGACUUCAUUGCUGCUUGUCGCUUCUUCGUUGUCAUGGGGCUUGGGCUCUGCUCUUUCCUAAUGGCUGUAUUAUCUGUGGCCAUCUACUUGUAACGCUACUACAUGUAAACCAAUCUUUCCUUUUAGAAAAGUACUAAGCUUUAUAAAGUAGCCAUGGAAAUAAAUGUAUUUAGUAAGGCA